AUGAAAGAAUACAAAGCUCCAGCGGUUGAGUCCGAGCAAGAGACCGACGACGUACCCGGCACGUCAAAGCGCAAGAGAGGCACCGGAGAAACACCGACAUUACAAGAAAAGAGCUCAGACGAGACAGAGUCGCAGCCUCCAAGCAAAGCUGCCAAGCCUGGAGAGUCGCGCGCCGCGGAUGAAGAUGAUGACCAAGGUUUAGUUGAUGAAGAAGAGUUCGACGAGGGGAAUCUUGAUGAGGAUUUGAGUGAGGAAGGCGACGAGGAAGGCGACGAGGAAGGUGACGUGGAGAGUGAAGAGAAUGAGAAGGGAGAGAGCAAGGGGAAAGCAGCCCAGAAAAACCAGCGAGAUUCCCACUCUCCGACUAGCGAGAAACUGCAGAAGACUAUCGAGAAAUAUGGCCGUGGUCCGCUGGAAGGGACAGCGAUUAAAGACAAAGCACUCACUGGAUCGCCGGAUACCAUCCUCGCUAUGCUUAUGGAUGCAAUGCUGAAGUCGAAGCCGAUGUCUCAUGGAUUGACGGACCGUGCGCUCCGCAAGCUCGUCGACGUUGGAUAUCACGACGUAAAAAAGCUAGGGGAUGCCAGCUGGGAGGAGAGAGCCAUGGUUUUGAAGGACGGAGGAUACAACCGAUACAGAGAGCAGGGGUCAACGAACCUGGGGAAAUUGGUUGAGUUCGUUAAUGAGAAAUAUGAUGGGGACCUCAACAAUCUUAUCAAGAAGGCCAAAAAUAAUCCCCAGAAGGCGAGACAGCUUGUCAAGGAGGUCCAUGGCCUUGGGGAUUUGGGUGUUGAGCUGUUUUUCAACAACGUACAAAGCGUCUGGCCCUCUAUCGCUCCGUUUGUUGACUCUCGGAGCUUGAAGACCGCAGAGGAAGCUGGGCUUGGGACAGACUUGGAUGCCAUCUACGCCGACCUGGAUAAGGACUCUGUCAAGAUGUGCAAGUUGGCAAAUGCUUUGUCUGCGGCGCGGCUAGACAGGCAAGUGGGGGAUCUGGUGGCCAUUUGA